GAUGUUAUGAUAUGAAAUGAAAGAAUAUAAUUAUUCACGAUGAUGAUGAUAUGCUUAAAAGAAAUGAAACAUGAUAAAUUCAAGUGAAAGACGGUUCUUGGCAAGUAUUCUGUUAUCCCGGGUCGUGCACGUACCUUCCGGCCGGUUAACCACCUUCCGUUUAGUGAGGGCUUUUGUCCUCGGGUGGCACCGCGCAAAUCUGGGCAAAUAACGCCACCUUCCGUUUAGUGAGGGCUUUUGUCCUCGGGUGGCUGCCUUCCGUUUAUGAUGUUAUGAUGUUUUGGGGAGACGUCCCUUCCGUUGUACUAGCCAAGUUACCAAAGUAAAAUAUAUGAUGAUGAACAUGAUAAAGAAGAUAAUGUAACAUGAUAUGAUAUGUUUGUGAAAUGUUUUACUUAUUCUAUUCUCCCUGUUUUUAACUAAAAUGAUGUGAAAUGAAUUUACGAUGUUAGAGUAGUAUGUUACUGAGCCUCGGCUCACGACGUUUUGUUUUAUGUUUUAGGUACCGAUGGGAUAACGGGAUGGCGUAGCAGUGAGGAUUUAAUUAAUAUCUAGAUUAUCUAGACUCUCAUGGUUUUAAUUUAAGUUUAUGUCAAAACUCUGAUUAGUAACUAAGAUUCUGUUAAUCAAGACUAAUGUUGGAUCUAUAUUAUGCUGCAUGUUAUAAAAUGUUUAAGGUUAUGAUUUUAUGUUGCCUUGUAUUUUCCUUAUGGAAAGUACGGCGGUAACGCACCGACUAUCUAGGUUCCGCUACUAAUAAUCGAUUUAUUAACAUAACCACGAUGAUUAGAGGUCGGGGCGUUACAGGAAGUAUAAGAAAUUUACAGCCAAAGGAUUCUAAUUACAAACAAAGUUAAAUCAUAAAACUUCUAGAAAAUGAAGAAGAGAUGAAUGUUUAAAUAAGAUUACCGCCUAAACAUCAAAAAUGAAAACUUUAUUUCAGAGAGAGAGAAAAGGAAAAACCUGAAGAUUAGAGUAAAGAAAUAAGAGAGAAAAAAAUCGGUAUAUGAACAAAUACAAAAGAGGUAAGAGUUGCUAUCAUCCACAGCCCAAUAAUGAAAAUUCUAGUUUUUAAUCCUAUUAAACUUCUCCCGAAACAAACCUUUGAAAUUUUGAAAGACCCAAUUUCACGACUUCAUUGAUUACUAUUGAUUUUCCAACAAUCCUUUUUUUUUCAUUGUAUUUUUCCCUCCUAUUCCCACCAAAAAGAAAUUCUCCCGGCCAUCUUUUCGUAUUUUUUCUCUUUCUAUCUCAGUAAAUUGUUGAGAAAUAUUUAUAAUUUUCUCUAUCUUGAGUAUCACAACACUACUUUUUAGGAGAUAAAACACAUUAUUUUCUCUCUCUUUCUCAGUAUUUUUGCCUCCCUAUCUCAUUAAAUUGUUGAGAAAUAUUUAUAAUUUUCUCUCUCUUGAGUAACACAACACUACUUUUUAGGAUAUAAAGCACAUUAUUUUCUCUCUCAAGUUUGAUAAAUCUCUAAAAGUCAGAUGUAUCUAACACAAGUUUUCGUAUAACAAAUAUUGUUUCUGUAUAUACAAAAUAAAAAGUGUUUGUGUAUGUAAAAGUAUUAUUCAUGUUUCGUACAACAAAUAAGGGAAAAAAAUACAAAUAAUAUUUUUACCGACACAAAUAAUAUUUGUUACGUGAAAACUUGUAUCUAACAUAUUUAUAUGAUAGAUUUAUAUCAUCCCUCCACUUCAAUACACUAUCCCACUCUCUUUGCAUUAAAUUUUUUUUUUGAGGAGGUUGAGCCACGCACCAUGUAUUCUCUCUUUCCUCACUUUUAUUUGUUAGGGGCCACACACAUCAUAUAUGUAUUCGACAAAGUAUAAUUGCCAUCUCCCGAGUCCAGACUCCACUCUCAUUCUUCAAUCUUCAGCAACUUUGAACUUUUGUCCCAUCAAACAAAAACCGACCCAAACCCUCCUCGACCCAAAUAGAUAGUACCAAGUUUCGCUUCAAUGAAGCUGUUGUAGAUUCAUCAGUUGUAUUUUGCAUUCUGUUUUGCACUUUCAUGAAUGCCACAGCUUUAUCCUAAAGUAUCUGCAGUUGCUGAAAAACAGAUUUCAUUUGUGGCGAAGACGACAAUGAUGCUGAGGCGUUCAUUAAUUGGUACUAGCUUUUUUCCUUCUUGUCUCUCUUCUUCUUCUUCUUUUCCCCUUUCCCCUUUCUUUUCUGCUUUUCAUUUUCAUUUUCAUUUACGCAAUUAUUACUCCAUUGCAACUCAUGAACAUCGUAAGUUGUUUCUCCAAUCAAUUAGAGAGCAUUGCAAAUUAGGGUUUUCCAAUCUCGAUUUUCCCCUUUCUCUCUUUCAUCAAAUGACUUCAUUGCGCCCUCUUCCUUCUGUUAUAGAUUUCAAUCAGCUCUUCACUGCCAUUUCCAAAUUGAAACGCCUUCAACCUCACUCUACCCUUAUCUCUCUACUCAGAAACCUUGAAUUGUCAGGUAUUCGACCCGAUAGGCAUUCUAUUGGUAUUCUUGCCAACUGUUACUGCCAUUUGGGCCAUGUCGAUUUCGGCCUCUCUCUUCUCGCCAAAAGCCUUAAGCUUGGUUACCCCUUUGAGGGUGAUUGUGUUAUCUUUACUACCUUAAUCAAUGGCUUUAUCCACUGUGAUAAGCUUCCUCAAGCUCUUCAAUUGCUCCAUCAUAUUGUUAAGCUAGGUUUCCAACCCAACAUUGUUACCUAUGGUGCUAUUUUCAAAGGCCUUUGUCGGAUUGGUGACAAUGCUGCUGCCCUCCACUUGCUCAGGAAGAUGCAAUCUGGUCGUUGUAAACCUAACCUUGUUAUAUAUAACACCAUUAUUGAUAGUCUUUGUAAGGAUAGGCUGUUGAGAGAGGCCCUCGACCUGUUCACCACCAUGAAAAGUGAGGGCAUUAUACCUGACGUUGUCACUUAUAACUCUUUGAUUAGAGGUCUCUACAACUCCGGCUCCAAGGUCGAGGCUAAAGAUAUGCUAGCUCAGAUGUUGGAGUGUGACAUAGCGCCAGAUGUUACCACCUUUAGCAUGCUUGUUGACAUGUUUAGAAAAGAUGGUAAUGUUGAUGAAGCACAAGCUAUUCUAGACUACAUGAUUGAGAGAGGUGAGAUUCCAAAUGUCAUAACUUACAAUGCUUUACUCGAUGGUUAUUGUUUGCGUGGUCAGAUGGAGGAUGCGGAAAAACUACUUGAUCUCAUGGCUCAAAAUGGGUGUGAGCCUAAUAUUGUAAGUUUCAACACUAUGAUUAAUGGAUAUUGCAAGGCUAGAACCAUUGACAAGGCACUCAAUUUAUUCCAAGAAAUACUUGAGAAAGGGAUCACACCUGAUGUUGUUACCUAUAACACUCUUAUUGAUGGACUAUGCAAAGUCAAUAGACUCCCACUUGCACGUAAACUGUUCAAGGAUAUGCAAGGCCAUGGAGUUACUCCCGAUGUUGUCACAUAUUCUUCAUUGCUUGAUGGCUUAUGCAAAAAUGUGCUACUUGAUGAGGCAGUAACGUUACUUGAAGAAAUGGAGGAUAAUCGUGUUAAGCCUGAUGUUGUCAUCUACGCUAUCCUAAUGGAUAGUUUGUGUGAGGCUGGGAAACUUGAAGAUGCAGCAAAAAUUUUCUCAGAUCUUGUAUUGAAAAGGCUGGAACCUGAUGUUAAAAUAUACACAAUUUUGAUGGAAGGUUUCUGCAAGAAAGGCCUCAUGGAUGAAGCUAAUCAACUGUUGAGGAAAAUGGAGGAUGAUGGUUGCUCCCCUAAUGAAUUUACAUAUAAUACAAUCAUUAGAGGAUAUAUUCUCAAAAAUGACUUAUCAAAUGCAUUGUAUCAUUGUGAUCUUAUGGUUAGCAAGGGAUUCAAAGGUGACGCUGACACUUUCUCAUUAGUGACUGGCCUAUUGUCGUCUAAUAACUUGAGUGAUUCAUCUAAGGCUCUUCUUACGAAGUUCUUGAAAUUACCCGAGUAAGAUGAUUGCAAAUUGCAACUAUUGCUGAUACAUUUUCGUUGUUUACUUCAAGUAUUCAAGUAAGCAUACUCUUUGAGGAGUUAGGCAUCAAACAUCAGUGUGAUAUUCUGUGUUGUGUACUUGGCUUUUAUGUAUGUGAUUCCUAGUUGUAUUAUCUUUGAGCUGAUUAAAGCUAGCUGGCAUCUUGUGGAAAAUGAGUCAAUAUCUAUGGAAACCUGAGCUUCUAGUCUUGUGCAUU